AUGAUUGAUGAUUCAGUUGACAUCAAAGAAGUUGAGAAGGUUGACAAGCUCUCACCAAACAUCAAGUACAAGGGCACUGCAGAUUCCACAAAGAAAUGCCUCGUUGGACCAAAGAAAAAACACCAUGUUGGAUAUAGAGGAAAAGAUGUUUUGAAUGUUAGGAAGAAGGCUGGGCUUUCCAAAAUGGGUAAGGAGGAGUCACUGCAGAUUAAGGGAAAACUUGCUGCGGUCAAUAAGGAUAAGCUGAAAACUGAGAAGGUUGUGAAAGAUAAAGAGGAGUUUCGUGCAGACUCCCAGGAAGACCGUUCUGGGGGCCUCGCCAGUGCAGUGGAAGGCACUAAGGAGAUCCAUGUUGCAGGAAGUAAGAUGGAAAGGACUUUCACCUGUGAUAUUUGUAGCAAAAACUUUACUCGAAAGGAAAAUAUUGUUAUGCAUAUGAGGAUACACACAGGGGAGAAGCCCUAUGGCUGUGAUAAAUGUGAGAAGAAGUUUCCACACAUUGGCGAUUUAAUAAGGCACAAGAGGGUGCACACAGGAGAAAAGCCUUAUGUAUGUGAUGUAUGUGGAACUGGCUUUUCAAAUAUAAGCACUUGCAAAAGGCACCAUAGAAUACACACUGGCGAGAAGCCAUUUACCUGCGAUGUGUGUGGCAAGGAAUUUAGACACAAGAGCACACUGUGUAAACACAUGAGCAUACACACUGGGGAAAAGAAAUACGAGUGUGAUAUAUGUAAAAAAAGGUUUCGUGAAAAAUUUUAUAUAGCAAAACACAUGCGAACCCAUACAAAGCAAUAG